AUGCGCGUGGUGGGACAGGCACGUGGAAUGAGGGUCCAUGAGCGCGAGCUGGGACGGGCAACUGGAGGGAGGGUCCAUGAGCGCGAGGUGGGACGGGCACGUGGAAGGAGGGUCCAUGAGCGCGAGGUGGGACGGGCACGUGGAGGGAGGGUCCAUGAGCGCGAGGUGGGACGGGCACGUGGAAGGAGGGUCCAUGAGCGCGAGGUGGGACAGGCACGUGGAAUGAGGGUCCAUGAGCGCGAGGUGGGACGGGCACCUGGAGGGAGGGUCCAUGAGCGCGAGGUGGGACGGGCACGUGGAAGGAGGGUCCAUGAGCGCGAGGUGGGACGGGCACGUGGAGGGAGGGUCCAUGAGCGCGAGGUGGGACGGGCAACUGGAGGGAGGGUCCAUGAGCGCGAGGUGGGACGGGCACGUGGAGGGAGGGUCCAUGAGCGCGAGGUGGGACGGGCACGUGGAGGGAGGGUCCAUGAGCGCGAGGUGGGACGGGCAACUGGAGGGAGGGUCCAUGAGCGCGAGGUGGGACGGGCACGUGGAGGGGGCCGUCUUCGCGAGGUGAAGCAGGCACGUCGAGGGCGGGGCCGUUUGCGAGCGGGGGGUCACGUGGAGGGCGCGGCCACAACGUGA